AUGGUCCACAGUAGUAAGUACGAUUUGCUCAUCAAGCUCCUGCUCAUCGGAGACAGCGGCGUGGGGAAGAGCUGCGUGCUCUUGCGCUACUCGGAUGACUCGUUCACAACGUCGUUCAUCACCACGAUUGGAAUUGACUUCAAAGUGAAGACGAUUGAAGUGGACGGGAAGCGGAUAAAGCUUCAGAUUUGGGAUACUGCAGGACAGGAACGAUUUCGAACGAUCACGACUGCUUAUUAUCGUGGUGCGAUGGGGAUUCUUCUGGUCUACGACGUAACAGACGACCAUUCCUUCCAGAACAUUCGCAAUUGGAUGACCCAAAUUCGGCAAAAUGCGUCGUCGAAUGUAAAUAAAGUCCUUAUUGGCAACAAGUGUGACGUCGAUCCGUCGGAACGAGCAGUGACGACGAAGCAAGGUCAGGAUCUAGCGAACGAGUUCGGCAUUGAGUUCUUCGAGACGAGCGCAAAGAGCAACCAGAACAUUGAAGAGGCAUUCCGCUUCGUCGCUGUGGAUAUUCAGAAGCGACUGGCGGAGAGUGAACACGACCGGUUAGACGUGGCCAACGGCAGCAAGUUCCGAGUGGACGAGUCACAAGGUCAAGCGAAAGACGGCUGCUGUUCCUAG